AUAAACUGACAAAGGGAUUGCAUAAGUCGCUCUAUAUCCAUGCACGCAUAUUCUGUAUGAUUAUAUAUGUGGUAGGAUUUUACACGGAAAGUUUCUAGGUCAGUUGCGGGCAUUCAUGCAAGCACCUAAAACGGUGUCUCUAAAGCGGAAGAUCAAUAGUUGUAGCUGAAACGGUGUAACAACGGCGAAUGUACGGCUUCCAUAUUCUCCUUAUUCGGUUGUGCGUCGUGCAGCAGUCUGGGCAUUUAGCACAUAUAACGAGAAAGCCGUUUAACGGAUGCAGAAUAGUGCUUAUAGAGUAUGACAUAAGAUCAUUCUCUGCCAAUGCACAAUGGCAGGAGAGGUAAAUGACGAAGAGAGUGGCUGGUGGAAAUGCCUGGCAGAUAUGAUAAAGCCUUUUCUUCCCAUUCGACCAGAAUGUAACAAGCUUUUACAUUUUCUAAAAUGUUUUGUUGAAUCUGCCCAGGCGGACAUUAUCUUGAGUCAGGCAUCAGGUGCACAACGCUGCAUUGAUGUAGAUACGAAGUCGAAACCAGCCAUUCUUUCCAUUGAGAACUGGGAGCUAUUUGUACUGUCCAUUGGUUUGGAGGUCGAGAGACCAAAUUUUGCUGUGGAUUUUGAUAUGAUAGGCAUUCUGACCACACCAAGAGUACAAGAAUCUGAUCUGGAGCAUGUCCUGUCGUGCAUACUAGCCUUGAUAGACAUGGACUUCCAGCUUUUGUCACGCUUAGUUGGACUGGAAAAGGAGGAACUACGUCAACUCUGGUGCCUGCUGAUGAAUUUUUCAGGUGAAGACGAAAUGCGACAGGCAAGCUCCCCUUGUGAAAUUGAACGUUUCAGAAAUCUCUGGGGAAAAUACCAGGAUAUUCUGGAAAUAGUGGGAUUUAAAAAGGUUGCAAGAGGGCCAGAAUCGUUUAUAUCUUACCACAAAACCGAAAUGGGUUUACACAAUUACAGAAGUUUGCGUACAUUCUUACAUGGUGUGUUACAGAAUCCAGUUUCUGAAUCAUAUGUUUAAAUCAUUUUUUAAGGUUUAAUUCAUCAUAUCGUAGUGCAAAGCACAGCAUAUUAUAAUGAUUUUGUAUCAACAAAUUAAUCUUAAUUCAGUUUGUGUACCAAUGUUGUUCUUUGAUGCAUAAUGCAAAUCAAUUUUUGUCUUGCACUCUGAAAUGAAUAAUACCAUGUCAUAUUAUCCAACUCGCAUGCGUAUUGUUGCAA